GACCAUCCUCGACGACAAUUGAAGCCGACCAAGUGGGGGAGCGAGGGGAGUAGAUCGCUGGAGCGAGGAAGGACGAGAGAGGCGUAAGAGAUGCCGAACACAGCGACGAUGGUGGGAGCCCUUCUGGGCUUGGGCAUCCAGGUGUACUCCAACGCCCUCCGCAAGCUGCCUUACAUGCGCCAUCCGUGGGAGCACGCGCUGGGAAUAGGCCUCGGCGUCGUCUUCGCCACCCAGUUCGUGAAGUGGGAAGCGAGGAUGGAGGAGGACCUCGCCAAGACGAUCGAGAGGGCCAAGACCGCCAACGAAAGAAGAUACUUUGAUGAUGAUGACGACUAGCGCAUUGAUGUGUGUUCCUAUGGGGCCUUCUUCCUCGAGUUUUUUUUGGUGUUACUGCAACUGCAACUGCGUUUGCUCAAGGCAAUGUUGUUUGUAAUAAAAUUCAGUUUUAGCCUCAAAAAGAUUCAUUUUGCAGGCAUUCUGAACGGAUUAUGGUUAAACCUGGUAGUUCAAUGUUCCCUAUAAAUAUUUUUGUUGCUCAA